ACUUCUCCAGGAAAAGGUGAGAAAGCGCCUCUCUACCCCAACUGCUUCCAAAGGAAACCGCUUUUUUUCUCCAAGGGAACAAAGACAUAGUAGAACAAUGGGAGCUGGUGGUAGAAAUAGAAUGCCUGCCCCCCACAGCAAGCAUGAGGCAGAUGGGAGUGCUCUCCAGCGAGUGCCAUAUGAGAAACCUCCAUUCACCCUUAGCCAGAUUAAGAAAGCCAUUCCACCUCAUUGCUUUCAGCGCUCUCUCUUUCAAUCUUUCUCCUAUUUGGUUUAUGACCUCUCCUUAGCCUUCCUCUUCUACUACAUUGCCAUCUCUUACUUUCACCUCCUCCCCAACCCUCUUUCCUACAUUGCUUGGCCUGUCUAUUGGAUUUUCCAAGGUUGCAUCUGCACUGGUGUUUGGGUCAUUGCUCAUGAGUGUGGUCACCAUGCCUUCAGUGAUUACCAACGGCUUGAUGAUACUGUUGGCCUGAUCCUCCACUCUGCCCUUUUAGUCCCUUACUUCUCAUGGAAAUACAGUCACCACCGCCACCACUCUAACACUGGUUCCUUAGAACGUGAUGAGGUGUUUGUACCGAAACCCAAGUCACAAGUCCCUUGGUAUUCCAAAUACCUAAACAAUCCACCUGGUCGAUUUGUGUCCCUUGCAGUCACACUCAUACUUGGCUGGCCCUUAUACUUGGCUUUCAAUGUGUCAGGCAGACCCUACAAUCGUUUUGCUUGUCACUUUGAUCCCUAUGGCCCCAUAUACUCUGAUCGCGAAAGGCUUCAAAUUUUCAUUUCUGAUGCUAGUCUCUUUGCAGCUACUUUUGUCCUGUACCGCAUUGCUGUUGCUGAAGGACUGGCCUGGCUUAUAUGCAUCUAUGGGGUACCUUUACUCAUAGUGAAUGGCUUCCUUGUUAUGAUCACAUACUUGCAGCAUACUCACCCUGCACUUCCACACUAUGACUCCUCGGAAUGGGAUUGGCUAAGGGGAGCUCUGGCCACGGUUGAUAGAGAUUAUGGAAUACUGAACAAAGUCUUUCAUAACAUCACAGAUACACAUGUGGCUCACCAUCUCUUCUCAACAAUGCCACACUAUCAUGCAAUGGAGGCUACUGAAGCAAUAAAACCAGUACUGGGCAACUACUACCAGUUUGAUGGCACCCCAUUCUACAAGGCUAUGUGCAGAGAGGCAAAAGAAUGCCUUUAUGUUGAGCCGGAUGAAAAUUCUCCUAACAAAGGUGUUUUCUGGUACCGGAACAUGUUCUAAUCCCAGCUGUCUGAGAUUUGCUUAAACUACUCAAGUUCUUAUCCUAUCUGGCUACUAUUAUAUCCAUUGAGUGUCUGUGGCAUGCUAAUAAAGGGGAAAAAAGGUUGUUUUCUUAUGUUGUGACAAAAUGCAAUGUGGUUUAUAUAAUGGUCUGUAAUAGUCAACCAUCCCUGAUAGUUCAUAUGUUAUCACCACGUUGAUUUGUAUUAUUUACGAUGUUGGAAGUUGUCUUGUUUUUUAGAACUGUGUACUGCUUAGAAAUAUAGAAGUUUUAGUAGC